ACAAAAAAAGUGGACAUUGUCAGUUACUGCUGGAGCCAUUCAAUCCAGUUCUUUAACUAGGUAUUGAGCCAGUACGCUGCGAAGUGCCCGCCUGUACCACUCGGGUGGAUGUGUGACACGGCAAGCGCGCACCCGACCUGGCCAUCUGAGCGCUGCAAAGAGCGAACACCGCGCGCGGCGAGGACGCAUCACUACUGUACUGUACCUCCUUUCGUCGUGCAGCUUUAAGAACUGAGUCUGCGCAAUGGGCUCCCGAGUUUAGUGGUCGGUCUGCGGUGAAAAUUAACCAGAAAAGAAUACGGAAUAAAGGAGAAUCAUUCUAACCGAGGAAUAAACAUCAUACCCACGGACCAAAGACUGGAAAUCAUAGGCCGGCUGAGGGUGGAUUUUCGGGGACAGUCAUGGCGGGGGUGGGAGUGAAAAGGAGGAAAGCGGGGCUCCCUGGUUUCUGCUGGAAAACAUGCUAUUUUCAUAUAUUAUUCUGGGUUGUCUCGAUUUGUGGUGAAGAGAAGACCUUCAUCGUUGAGACAUGGCUGAAGAACUACGGGUACCUGCUCCCCCACGACAUCCGGACGUCGGACCUGCGCUCGGAGAAGGCCAUACAGUCAGCCGUCGCUGCCAUGCAGCGUUUCUACGGGAUCCCAGUAACCGGAGUGCUGGACCAAACCACCAUCGAGUGGAUGAGGAAACCUCGAUGUGGAGUCCCCGAUCAUCCCCGGAUCAGUCGCCGUCGACGGAACAGACGCUACGCCCUAACGGGCCAGAAAUGGAGGCAGAAACACAUCACCUACAGCAUUCACAACUCCACACCUAAAGUAGGGGAGAAGGACACGCAGAAGGCCAUACGGCAAGCCUUCGACGUCUGGCAGACGGUCACGCCGCUGACAUUCGAGGAGAUCCCCUACUCGGAAAUAAAGAAUGAAAGGAAAGAAGCUGACAUCAUGAUCUUCUUUGCCUCUGGGUUCCAUGGCGACAGCUCCCCCUUUGACGGAGAGGGGGGCUUCUUGGCCCAUGCCUACUUUCCUGGCCCUGGAAUUGGAGGGGACACGCAUUUCGAUUCCGAUGAACCCUGGACGUUAGGCAAUGCUAAUCACGAUGGGAAUGACCUCUUUCUGGUGGCGGUGCACGAACUGGGCCACGCCCUGGGCCUGGAGCACUCCAACGACCCCAGUGCCAUCAUGGCGCCAUUCUACCAAUACAUGGAGACGCACAACUUCAAACUUCCGCUUGACGACCUUCAAGGCAUCCAGAAAAUAUAUGGCAUCCCCACUGCCAUGGUGGAGCCAACCCGACCACUGCCCACUUUACCGUCCCGCCGUACCCACUCCACCUCGGAGCGAAAACACGACCGGCAGUCACGGCCGCCACGUCCGCCUUCCGGCGACAGACCCUCUUCCCCCGGGAGUGGGAAGCCCAACAUCUGCGACGGCAACUUCAACACCGUGGCCUUCUUCAGGAGGGAGAUGUUUGUUUUCAAGGAUCGCUGGUUCUGGCGACUGCGCAACAACAAGGUGCAGGAGGGCUACCCAAUGCAGAUCGAGCAGUUCUGGAAGGGCCUCCCCGCCCGUAUCGAUGCCGCUUACGAGAGGUCAGACGGGAAGUUUGUCUUCUUCAAAGGUGAUAAAUACUGGGUGUUCAAAGAGGUGACAGCAGAACCGGGGUACCCGCACAGCCUGGUGGAACUGGGUAACUGCCUGCCACGUGAAGGCAUUGACACCGCCCUGCGCUGGGAACCCGUGGGGAAAACGUACUUCUUUAAGGGAGACCUGUACUGGCGCUACAAUGAGGAGAAGCGGACAGCUGAUCCCGGGUACCCUAAACCCAUCACCAUCUGGAAGGGCAUCCCCGAAUCACCCCAAGGAGCUUUUGUCAGCAGGGAAGGCUUCUACACCUAUUUCUACAAGGGCAAGGAUUAUUGGAAGUUUGACAACCAGAAGCUGACGGUGGAGCCCGGAUAUCCCAAAUCCAUCCUCAAGGACUGGAUGGGCUGCGACCAGUCCGAGGUGGAGAAGAACAAGGACCGGCAGCUGAGCCACGACGACGUGGACAUCAUGGUUGCCAUCAAUGACGUGCCCAGCACGGUCAAUGCCAUCGCCGUGGUCAUCCCCUGCAUCCUGUCGCUGUGCAUCUUGGUCCUGGUCUACACCAUCUUCCAGUUCAAAAACAAAGGAGUGCAGCAAAACGUCACCUACUACAAACACCCGGUGCAGGAGUGGGUAUGACGGCCAGGGGUGUGGACUUCGCCACUUCCGGAUAUUGUUGAGAGGGCUACAAGGAAAAUUAACAAAAACAAAUCGAGACGACUGAGGAGCACCGUGUGGGAAGUGCCUGCCUUGAACAACCAAUGGUGAAAUGGGGAGGUGGGGGCCAGGGUGCUGUCCACAUCCUGCCUCCGCAAGGACCCAGUGAUCAUCGAGUCCCGCGUACCGUAUUUAGCAUGAACCGAAGCACAAAUGGCUGAGAGGCCGCUGACUCGAGGGGGGCUCGUGACCUCCUCCACCUCCGGCCAAACGAGCCGCGUGUCCACUCUUCUCCACACCCACACUGUACGUCUGUGGGACUCCUGACUGGCCCUUGCGUUCUGAGGGCCACGGAGCCCAGUGUGAGCGCUCUGAGCGGGGCGUCUCUUUCUGUAAUAUCGACUUGUACAUGAAAUCAAAAUUAUAUCAAGUAAAACAAUUAGAGGUGAAAAAAAUGACAAAAUUAUGACAAAACAACAAAAUGUAGGUAGAAAGGCCAUAGAAAAUAAAACCAAGGAUUUUUUUGCUUAAUCUUUUAAUUUAUGGAGCGUCCUUAAAUGAUCAAAGGACGUACGUUUUUUGUGUGUAUACAAAAACCUUUUUUCACUCCCUGACUUGGCACAUUCAGGCUUUAGUGAUGAACGCUGGGCUUUAAGAAGUCCUCCAUCAAUAGCUGACAUACAGCGAUCCCAGUGCAAACUGGCUAUUUUCAGGACCGAGUAGAUGUGGAUCAAGCAGGGGGGAAGUGUUCUGCAUUUCAGGAGGUCGAUAGAGUUAACGCUGUAUCACUUGCUUGAGUCCGGUUGGCUUUUCAGAAUUCGGUCCAUGACGCCACAUAAACCAAAAAGCACAUGGCUGACCUGAAGUCAUCCAUGUCUGUCACGGGGUAAUGAUGAUAACAGUAAGGCCAGAAUUAACUGCUGUGUUGAAGCAGCCUUAGUCUCACUUUAACUCCUUGCAGUGACUGACUUUCUCUAUCUGUCCGUUGAUAUUAUAGAUCCAUACACAUCCCUGCAUAUCACCCUCGAUGCCGUCAUCGUUGUAAUUGUGUCACGAUUCUCCCCAACAACGGGACUCCUGAAAGUGUGUUAGCAAGUGGGGUUUUUUAAGAGGACUACGAUAAAUGUUUGAGAGUAAGGCUGCUUCUGUGCUCCUGUCCAGCUAUUUGGGUCUGUAGGACCAGGCAUAUUAAUGAAGGUGAAUAAAUGUUUGCACCCUCAAAAAUAGGAAGUAUUGAUGCAUUAUACAUAAUGCUGUAAUUCAGUCCCAUGAAUUGUUUUCAUUCAUUGCCUUUGCUACCAUAAUUGUUUUAUAAAAAUGCAUUUUGUGACAUCGGUCAAGGCAGAAAUGGAACAGAUUUUGCGAGGAUAUCGUUUUUUUUUCUCUGGUCAGAUAACUUUAACCCCAAUGGGGUCUGUUCCAAUGAGAGCCGUUUCCUUUCUCGUGGUCUCAUGGCCCGAACCACACAAGUUGAGACGAGCUCACAGAUGACCACCGUUAGAUGUCAAACAAUCAAAGCCAUUUGCCUUGACGUGACGGGAUUAGCAUUAAUCUUCUCUUUUUGUCUUACUGCGUACCUGUUGCACUGUUGGGGUUUAAGAUGAAAUUGUUUUAAUACAAAUUGUUAAGUCGAUAUUGACGCAAAUCUUGUUUAUGUCAAUAUUUCAUCCAGGAAGAGAGAGAAGAAUGUUUUGGGACAAGUUCUAUGACAUGCUCCUAAUGCUACUUGCAGUAUGCAGGCAAAAUUUCUUAGCUACAUAAAACAUUUGUGGGCAGUUGAAUGACAAAUCUGGAGAUUUUUCUCAGUCACAUAUUUUUGGUCAAUACUCAUAAGCAUAUAGAUACUGAUUCAUCAAGGCAGGAAAAUGCAUUUAUUACUGCAUCCGUUUUUACUCUGCAGUAGGUUAAUUUCAAAGCCUCCCUUCACUGCAGUAUUGGUUUGGUUUACUUUAAACAAGUUUAUACAAACAUAUGACGAUUAAUAUUGAUGAAUUUGAAUUAAAUAAACGGCUGAAAUGUAUGUACUGUACAGA